AUAAAACGGAACGUAUGAUGUUUUAACAAUCAGUUCAUGAAAUUCAGUUGAUGAAAGUAUCAAGGGAGAUAGCAUUACCGAGUAAGGAACGACAUAUAUACGGCUAAAAUGGAUAUCGAUAUGCAUAACAGAGACCCGAAUGACGUCAACUCCAAUGUCAGGGUUUCUUUUGAUGAUGUGUUGGCCGAACCGGAGGGUGCCCACAGCAUUGACUGUGUAUGGAAGUUGAGUUACUGCUGUUUCAACUGUGGUAAAAACUGCGCCUACCGAUGUAUGACAUUCUUUUUUGGGAUAUGCAUCGCAUUUUAUUGGGGCUGUGAAUUCGCUGCCAUAGCAUUUGAACAGAUCUGGAUCGUGACCCCGAUGUUGAGAGUCUUUGCCAUCUACUGUGGAAGUUGUCAAAAGUUCUUCAGCAUCAUUAUAAAUUGCUGUAUGGCUCCCGUUUGCCAGACCUGUGGUUUAUUCUUCAGUCAAAUAACAGUGAAUCACGGUGAGGGAGGAGGACAGAGGUCUUUUUAGUGGUCAUGAUGUGGAGUACUGUUCAAAAAUGUGACUUUCCUCACAUAGCAGAACAAAACAAUAGAUGUCAAUGGUACCGUUUCAAGCCAAUUCUGCCGUUAAGUACUACUAAUACCAACUUAUAGUAAAAACAGUGAAAUCUUUUGAAUAUUCAGUUUCGAACAAUACCAUACGUUUUUUGCUUCGUGACAGAAUGUCAGCAUUCUAAAGACUAAAUACCUUUAUGGAAUGAUGGGAAGAAUGAUAAGCAUUACUAAAUGCUGAAAUUAUCUAAAGUAACAGCGGCAGUUGAUACUGGCAACUAUCUCACUUUCGAUAUAUAUAUAUCAAAGAUGAAUGAUUUUGUCAAAUUCACUCUACUUAAAAAAGAACAAAUAAAGAAAAUGAAAAACGGCCAAGAAGAUGAGUAUCUUAACCAACGUGUAUAAGUAACCCAUGUUUAUCUGUGAUAUUAAUCAAAAUAAAUGUUUGUAUGAGAA